AUGAGCUACCAAGACUCUCACGACAGACACCCCCUUCCGACCCAAACCUUCCGGUCCGAAUCGGGGUACUCCUCGCCGGCCCCGGGCUCCGGCGCCCAAACACCAACAGGGACGGGGGCCGGCAGCUCUCAGUCUCCAGGACUAGUCUCCAGCAUUUGGGGAGGUCUGAUUCGACGAUUCUCCGCCGAAACACCGUCCCUCACCCACUCGCAUUCAUACCCAGCAGACAGUUCACACUCCAACUCCCACGCCUACAACAACAAUAACGGCGUGGAUGGAGUCUACGUUCCACCUCGAUUUCACGAAGCCAUCCAACGAACCGUAUCACCAAUGCAGCCGCCUCCACUGGAACCCGUGCAGCUCAGGGGGUUUGCACCGGACACCCCCCAGUCGGCCAGGAUAUUAACACAGGCGAUCGCGGAGGAGAUACGGAUCAUGGUGCCUACGAGGCUCGGCAUCGUGGACGAGUGGAAUCUGAUCUACAGCCUGGACCAGGACGGGGCAAGUCUGGGAACGCUUUACGAUAAGUGUGCAAAGUAUUCCGGACGACGGGUGGGAUUCGUGUUGGUUGUCAAAGAUGCCGAGGGUGGUGUAAGUCAUUACCUUUUUUUCUUCUUUCUUCUCUUUCCUUCCCUACCUUCACACUCCAAUCCAUUGCUGUCGAAACCACAACAUAGAAGUGUCAAAGAAAGAAAGGCCAGAAUGCUUACCCUAAUAUCACACAUCACAGAUCUUCGGCGCCUACCUCUCCGAACCCCCCAUCCCGCCCCCAAAUACUUCGGAACAGGCGAAUGUUUCCUCUGGCGCGCCUCGGUCAUGGCCUCCCUUCCGCAUCCUCCCUCCGCCGACACCACCAACUACCGCGGCCGAACAUCCACCAUCUCCUCGGUCGGAACGAGCGUCGACACAACAGCCACGAACCACAACAACAGCAACAGCAGCGGUGACGACGAUCAUAUUGCCUCAUCAACUGUCUCCUCCUCGAGAGCGAACACAUCAUCAGCUGCUACAUCACCGCAUAACGGAUCUGUCGAAGACCUGCUGCUAGCCUCGACAAGUAUCGAGCAGACAACCCUCCGCUUCAAGGCGUUUCCCUAUAGCGGUGUGAACGAGUACUACAUCCUCUGCGAGUCGCACUUUUUGAGCGUGGGCGCUGGCGAUGGCAAGUACGGGCUGUGGCUGGAUGAUGGGCUGGAGAAGGGUGUGAGCUCUACGAGCCAGACGUUUGGGAAUGAGCAGCUGAGCGAUCAGGGGGAGAAGUUUUCGGUGUUGGGGGUGGAGGUUUGGGUUAUUGGGUCUGGGGGGUUAUGA